AUGAUAGAAGGAGAUAACAAACAGCACUGUGACGUGCAAGACUUAUGGUUUACAGUUUGUAGAUAUCUGAGCUGUUCUCAGAAAAAGGAUGACAUAAACGAUGAUAUGGAAAAUUCAGAAUUAACAGUUGACUCAAAUCAUUUUUUUAUUACUGAUAAUUUUUUUUGUAAUAAAAAUAAGUUUUUUUGUAAUGGAAAUCAGCAGGAAGGUCCUACUGCCAAUUCGGUAGAUAACAGCAAGAAGGGAAGUCUUUUUUGUUGGAGUGAUAAUUGUCAGAAUAGUGAAGAUGAAAGAUGUAACUCUGAUGUGCAAGUAAAAGAUGGAGUAUCAUUCAAAGAAGCAGGGCCCAAUAACGCGAACACUCGUAGUGUGAAUAACAGUAAUAAUAAUGUCAAUAAUAAUGUCAAUAAUAAUGUCAAUAAUAAUGUCAAUAAUAAUGUCAAUAAUAAUGUCAAUAAUAAUGAUAAUAAUAAUGAUAAUAACCCUGAUAGUGAUAAUGCACUAAGGGGGCAGAAACAAGAUGAUCUAGGUGAUAACAUCGAUGCAACUAACCCAUUUGAGAACUCGCUUGAAGAUAAUACACUUAGAAUUCAAAGUCAUUCAAUAAAUUUACAUUCCUUAGAAGAGGGUACAAACGAUGAAAGUGAAGAGAAAAAAAAUGAUUCAUAUAACAUGAGUAACAAGAACAGAAUAUCAUACCGCAGUAGUGUACAUAACGAAACUGGUUCGCCAUCCUUAUUUUUGAAAGGAACAAGUGAAAAAACAACACUUAUGGACCAUGUUGGAAAUGGUGAUAAUGCCAACAUUGCUGACAAGAUUGAUAAAAAUGUCAUUCUCAUACAAGUUCAAAAUUUUUCGCAAAAAAUUGAUGAAUACAUAUCUGAUGAAAAAAUUUUUAGAGCACAGAAACUAAUUGAGCAUGUAAAAAAUUACAUAGAACAUUACAUUGAAUAUUUUAAAGAAAUAAAUGAUGAGGAGGCUGUUGACAGGUUAACAAAAUAUUAUGAAGCAAAUUGUACUGAAAAAAAUGAAAAGUAUAAUAUUAACAAUUUGAAAGUUCAUAUUCUUUUCCAUAUUUUAAAUUUUUUUCGAUUACAUGAAAUGUCUACAGUGCUUAGUGAUUAUUCGUAUUACUUUUCAUUAGAGAAGCAUAACAGCAUAGCUUCAGAUAUAAUGACUCAUGGAUUGGACAAUAAUAUUACUCCUCCAUUUGGAGAUAAUGACAAUAUAAACAGAAAAAUAUCUAGACGCCAAUCCACAAUGAAUUCCGAUGUGGGAGGAUUCCACUACAAUCCAUUCUCCAUGGGAUUAAGUAUGGAACAGCAAGAUGCAAACGUUCAUCAUAAUCAGAAAAGAGGUGAAGAAUGUUGCGAAACGAGCAAUCAACAGAAUGGUCAAAUGAUCGACAGCAAAAAACGAAGGGAGGAAGGAUACACAAAAGACAAUAACCAAGUUAUAAUAGACAAAGUGUACCACAAGAAUUGCAACGGUUCUAGCAUACUUAGUAGCAGUAAAACCUCUGUUAAUAAAAAAUAUUCCAAAGAAGAAACGACAACACAUACAAAAGGAAGUAAUAGGCAUAUGGUUAAAAUUAUACAAAAAUAUUCAAGAAGAUUUAAAAAAUUUAGAAAAACGAAACAAAAUAAAGAAGGAUGGAUAAAGGAAAAUGAUAAAUAUCUUGAUUUGUGGCAUCGAGUCGAUAGUGAUAAUAAUAUUUCUGUACAUAUUCGGGCAAAAAUUCCUCAUGAGGUUAGUAAAAUAUUGUCCAUUAUCAGUGAAACAGAGUUAAGUACAAAUUGGGUGCCUUUCUUAACUUUUUCUGAAAAAAUCAAAAACUUGUCAAAAUCGAGUGCCCUUAUUGCACAGUUGUAUGAGUAUCCCAUUAUAGGAAAGAAGGAGUCUUUGAUGUACUGCUUGGGUGCGAACUCACUAGAAGAACUCGGGUGCAUAAUUCUAUGCUGCAAGUCACCACCAGAAUUGAUGAAGGACAUCGAGUUUUACAAGAAUAUGUGUGAUCAAAUAAGCAUAAACAAAAAUGAAGAAAUAUUAAAAGUUAAGGAAAUUCCCCAAAAAUUCAGAAAAAAAAAAAAUGAAGUAACUUUUUUUGAUUGUAAAUUGCCUGAACCCACUCCCAAAAUAGAUCGACAGAGGGCAGCUGAUUUAUGCUUUUUAAUAUAUCCUUUGGACAAUGGAAAUUCAACAGUUCUUGAACUCUUUGUACAUGUUGAGAAUGAGUUUAAAUAUACUCCAAUUAAAAUGGUCAUCUAUUUUAUUAAAAAAAUUGUUAAAAAUAUGUAUGAAAAUAUUAUUAAGACCUGCAAAAAUUAUGACACUAUCUAUGCUAAUAGGUUAACAGAAAAUUCAGAAUUCUAUACUUGGCUAAAUGAACAAAUUAGGAAAUACAUGAAAAGCAAGCAUCAGUCCAAGUUCAUGGAUUCCAUAAGUCUUGAAAGUUAUCACGAGCCAGAGAAUAACGAUUCGCCUUAG